AGGCAGGGCCACAGCCGCGGCCGAACCGAUUCUCCAGUAUCCGUGUAUUUAUUUUAAUUUUAUUGGCAAUACCCCGAUGACAGACAGGAUAUCAAACAUUUUUUAACAAGGCAAUAUAAUUGAUAGCCAUUUUGAAGAACCUUUUGUUGGUGUUUUGUGAAUGUUUUCAUGUUAAUUAAAAAAAAUCUAUAUUUUUGAAAACAUAAUACAAUGUAAUAAAUUAUUAUUAGAAAAUAAAAUAAAUAAAUAAUCAAAUGUACAGACAGACUUGUUGUUAUUAAGUGCAAUUGUGAUAAGAAAACCGGAAGAAGUCACCGUACAAUAAAUAAUAGUCCUGUAAAAGUUGUUAUUAAGUUAUUGUUAUCACCGUGAAAAGUUUUCAUUUUCGUAGUUGUUGUCAUAAACACAUUAUUUUAAUUGUUGGAAAUUGUCUUAAGACAGUCGAUCGCAUGUUUUUUUCUGCACACAAUUUGGAUUGUCACAAGAUGGCGGCCAUUGGAUGCUCGCUCUGCCAAAACCCGCUACGAAGCGAUGUGUCAUCGACGACGGGCUUCCGAAACAUGCUGUAAACCGGCGUCUCGCACCUCGAGCGAUACCUCCUGUCGCACUACGCGGGGUUCCAUUAUAUAAAAUGGAAUUUCGCUCGAGGCGCGAAAAUGCAAUGGGUGUUGACAUAAGUUCAAUACCGAACCGUUACACAGAAGACUGUCCAUAGCUAAAUAAUCGAAGAAAAUGUGUGAUCCAGACGAAGUUGGGAAAGAAGUGUGGAAGCGAUGGAUCUUGGAAGCGAUUCACAAGAUUCGUUCGCAGAAACAGAGGCCGAGCGUGGAGAGAAUCUGUCAUGCCAUCAGACAGCAUCACAACUAUCACGAAGAUAUAGUGUCCGAGCGGCUAGAACGCGCCGUUCGAGAAGGUGUAGUGCUCAAAGUGUACAACAAGGGCCAAAGCUCAUACAAAGACCCUGGGGGCAUGCAGAACAGAACUUUGCGCUUGGCGCCAAACGUGGACAUCUCUCGGCCCGUAGCCAAGAUAGUGCGCGAAUUAGGAGAAAGAGACGGUUCUACUUUGAAAUCGAUAGAAAGACAUUUAUAUCAAGCGUAUCAAAUAAUAGUGUCACCCGAUGUGGACGUGAAAGCGAUACUUCGUGCGGCAGUGAAACGCGCUGUAGCCCGCGGGCUACUGUCGCAUCACGCGGGUGCGUAUGUGGUAGCUGACAGCUCUAACAACACAUCUUCUGAUAGAUCAUCCAAACAGAAAAAACAUUCUCAAGAUUCAUCUGAAGAGAUCAAUGGUAAUUUACCACUGUUCCAGGGUAUUGUUCCAUCAUUCAAACAGUUGUUGAGGUUUCAAUACGCUGAAGAUUAUAAACAAGUUCAAGGCGGAGUACCGGUUUGUAGCGAGUGUCUGGGAACUGAUACUAAGAAUCAAUCUGGAAUUGCUGAAUCACUCAUAUGCUGUUCACAGUGCAAGUCCUAUGCACAUCCUUCAUGUCUAGAUCUUUUAGAUCACGUAACUCAAACUACUGUGAAGACCUCACGAUGGUCAUGUGGGGAAUGUGCAACGUGCCUGGUAUGCGGGGCGGGGGGCGCGUGGGCGGCGCGCUGUGCUGUCCGCUGCGGCCGCCACGCACACCCGCGCUGUGCCGCCCCGCCCUGGCGCUGCCCCACCUGCACGCUGCCCAGGCGAGUGCCCAGCCGGACCCGUGCCCUCCAGCCUCGCGUCCCACGCCCGCUAAUCGGAUCUCGCUGUCGCAGGACCCCCGCUGCCGACGCCGCAGCCGCGAGGCCUCGGAAACCUAAGACGCCGCGCCGGCCCCGCUCUGACGAGGAACGCUCCGACGGUAAUGUCCCGCCUCCGACCGAGCAUCGAAUGUCCAAAGAAAAACAAAAAUUUUUUCGAUUUUCCGCUUUCAACAUGACAAAAAGGCGACGCGAUCGCGUCUCCUCCGGGUCGUGGGAGGGAUGGGAGGAUCGAGGACGAUGGGGCGGCGUAAGCGUGACGCGCGUGCAGAGCGUCGAACUGAGACUCGAACGACACACCCCGACCCCCUCGUCCUCCACCUCUCGCUCCACCUCGACCUCCGAGUCCGAGCCCGAGUCGGCGCCGCCGUCGUCCGGCCGCGAGGAGGAGCCGCGCGUUCCGCCCGUCACUACGGUCACGCCGGCGCAAGUUUCCACCGUGUUCGAACAGCUCGCCUCUGCCACCGGCCCGGACGGCACGUGGGGUUUCGCCGCAGAGGCGCGCAAGCUCGCGGAGGCUGAGCCCGAGCGGACGCCGCGGCCGGCGCGUCGGCGCAGUCGGUGCGCGGACCGGUUGCUCACGACGCUCUUCGACGGUCUCUCCGAGUUCUACUCUGUGCGGAGUGCGUCGCGCGUGCGGGCGCGGAGCGUGGUGCCCGACGCGGCGGACGAGGGCGAGGAGCGCGAAGAGAAGGUGGAGGAGGAGGUGCUGAAGGAGACGCGCAGCACGUUCCGGCGGCACCUGGCGGCGCUGCGCGCGGGGCGGGCGCGGCAGGGCGCCAGCGCGUCGCAGCUGGUGGCGUGGGCGGCGCGGUGCGGCGGGCGCACGGGCGGGUCGCGCAAGUUGCAGCGCGCGCUGGCGGCGGGGCGGCGGCGGCGGGCCGGUCCGGACGAAUGCAGUCGGCUGCCGGCCGGAGUGACGGAGGCGGACGCGGAGGUGUUCCGAGCGGCGCGGGCGGCCGCCGGACUGCCGGAGGACGCGACCCCGCCGCCCCCCGCGCCCGCGCCCCUCACACCCUCCCUCGCCCCGCCCGCCCCCACCGUCCGCUGCCCCUCCGCCAUCGAGUUCGGACAGUGGGAGAUCGAGACCUGGUACUCGAGCCCGUUCCCGCAAGAGUACGCCAGGUUACCGAAAUUAUUCCUGUGCGAGUUCUGUUUGAAAUACGCGAAGAGUCGCGGCGUCCUGGCGCGGCACGUGGACAAGUGUCCGUGGCGCCACCCCCCCGCCACCGAGAUCUAUCGGCGGGACGACCUCUCCGUGUUCGAGGUGGACGGCAACGCGAACAAGCUCUAUUGCCAAAACCUGUGCCUGCUUGCCAAGCUCUUUCUCGACCACAAGACUCUCUACUACGACGUGGAGCCUUUUUUGUUCUAUGUGCUGACUAAAAAUGAUGCGAAAGGCUGUCAUUUAGUCGGCUACUUCUCCAAAGAGAAACACUGUCAACAGAAGUACAACGUUUCGUGUAUCAUGACCAUGCCGCAGUACCAGCGUCAGGGCUACGGAAGGUUCCUGAUACAUUUCAGUUAUUUACUGUCGAAAGAAGAAGGCCAGCCGGGCACACCAGAGAAGCCUCUGUCGGAUCUCGGGCGCGUGUCGUAUCACGCCUAUUGGAAGUCCGUCAUCCUCGAAUACUUGCACGACCAUCGGAACGAACCGUUCACGUUCGAGCACAUCGCGCACGCAACCGGCAUGCACAUGAACGACAUCGGCGGCACCUUCCAGCUGCUCGGCUUCCUGCGCUACCUGCCGGGGGACGAGGCCCGGCUGGGUCUGUGCGUGGACUGGGCCCGCGUGGACGCGCACGCCGCGCGCCUGCGAGCCAGGCCGCGCCUCGAGAUCGACCCCGAGUGUCUGCGCUGGACGCCGCUGGUGCCGGCCGCCGUCAACCCCUUCCGCUCGCCCGACGACACCGCGCCCGACUCGCGCUCCGACCCCGAGCCGCCCACCGACGCGGAGGACGAGCCGGCGCACGAGGAAGCCGCGCCGCCCUCCGCCCUCCCGGAACCCGCGCCCGCUGUCGAGGUCACGUCCUCGGGCCGCCGCCGCACCCGACCUCUCAAGUACAGCGAAUGUACUUACCAGACCGCACCCACUCCCGCCGAAGUCUGUCGAAAGAGAAAACGUGAUAAUGAGAGGAAAAUUUCGGAGACCGUCGAAGAUUCGGUCGGCAGCGAAACGCCAAGGAGUCACAGGAGCAGGAGUGUCAUGGGAUCCAAACCGCCCCAGCCCGACAUCGCACCGCUUGAAAACGGCAUCGCUAACUCCAAGGAGGUCGUCUCCGCGUCGGACAGCCAGGACCCACCGCCGACCACGGUACGUAAGAUCCGACCUAAAAGGAAAUUCAGAUGGAAAGGUCGGCCUAGAAAACGGGUCAAAAGCGGCCGGAGCGAGCCAGAACCGGACCCGGCGCCGGCCGCGAAGAAGCCUCGUGUGGAUCCUCAACUGGAGCAGCGAACCGAUUACAAGACUGACGAGUCGACCGAACCAGAAGGCACGAACGUAGCGGCCGGCGAGGCGGGACCUCCGGCGCGACGCCCCGAUGACGACAAGCGAGACUCCGGCGCCGCCUCUGAAGACUCCUCCGCCGAAGCAGAUGAUGAAAUGGAGGCCGAGGAGAGAGACGAGGCUGCUCCCGUGCCUCCCGUCUCACCCCGCGCCCUCGAGGGCGAUGCCACCGACCACCACACUUCCGACAUGGAGUUGGACAGUAUACAUAUGGAUUCUCCGAAAUCUCUGGCGGACGAGACACCUCCCGAUCCUCCUGUACCUCAGCAGCCGUCUCCCGUUCCGGCGGCAGAAAUCAGUCCGGCCGGCACUGCGGGGCCGGACACUCCACGCUUGCUUAACGGAGAAGUCAAAUCACCUCUACCAGUCUCCGAAGAUAAGGAAACGAUAAUCAUUUCAGAAUCUGAUGACAACAAUAGUCAAAGCUGUCCGUUACCGUCCCCGCACGCCCCGCCGCCCGCGCCCCCGCCCCCUCGCCUCCUGUCGCCCCCCGCGCCCGGCAGCCCCCCCGCCUGCCCCCCGGCCGUCUUGCCCCUCGUCACAACAGAGAACGCGCACAUCGUGCUGGAUGCAAAGGCUGCCCCCGCAACUCCGCCUCCCGGUCCCGUCACUCCCCUCGAGACCAUCGUGGUGGAAGCCGAAUCAGAUUGCGCCGCCUCCCCGGCCUCGGCGGCGCUGGUCGAAGUCCGCGAUAGACGAAAAGAGACCGUCAUACAACAUCAGAACUGUGAGGAGGUGAAACAUUCAAAUGAACCUUCGAACAAGAAUGAAAGCACAAGUCAAGCAUCUGAACAAAAUCGAGACGCUUACGGCCAGCCCGCCUGCGACCGGAGACCAGAACAUCCUAAGGUCGACGCGUACGCCGACGUAGAGCGCAUCAAGAACAAGUUGACGAGUCCGGCGGGAGGCGCGAAGGACGCGGAGCUACCGUUCCGGGACGACGCGUCGCACGCCAGGAAGGACGAAAUAACAGUGACGCGAACCGGCUCGGAGUCUACUCCGCCCGUCUACCACGCGCCCGUCGUCACCAACUCCAUGACCAUCCAGGAGAUCAACGCCGCCCAGCACACGUUCCUCAACCACCGCGCCAACGUCAGCAAAGAGUCCCAAGGAGUGCAGACAGACCGCGUCCUGAAAUCCAACGAAGCCAACCGCGGCGCCUCCAAAGGCACCAAACUGGAGGUGCCGCACCCCAUCACCUCGCCCGUCGUCAACAGCGACGCCGCGCAGUUCCUGCCGCGGUGCCACAGCGCCAACGCAGCCGUCGGGCUGGGGGCGGAGCCCGACCUCAAGCCGCGCGAGAAGAGCAAGCUGCGCGACGUGCGCGUCAACUCGGCGCACUGCAAGCUCGAGAAGGGCGACAAGCGGCCGGCGCGCGCCGACACGCCGCUGCGCAAGCCCGACCCGGCGCCCGACGCGCACAAGAAAGUUGAUUUUUUUAAAAAGGAGAAAGCUAGUGCAGCUAAAUGUGAGAAGAACGUCGCGAUCAAGCACGACCGCGCCGAGCAGGCCGAGCCGCGGGCCGCAUCCAAGAUAAAGUAUGACGCAGAACCGCCCAAACCGGACUACCAGAUCCCCAACUACCACGCCGCGCCCGCUCAGUACCAGUGGCCGCCGUGGGACCCGGCGCGGCUGCAGUCGUCUUGGGAUCAUAAAAACUACCUCGACAAGUUGCAGGGGUUCAACCUGCCGCAUCUGGAGCAGCCGCCGAAGUCUCCGCAGAAGUUGGCUGCCAAAUAUGACAAUCUCGCUUACGGAUUGUACGCCGCACCUCAGCCCAAAGAGAGCAAGCCGCCCACACGGAACAAGCAGCCCAAGGCGGCCGCGUGCCAAUCUCAGUCGGAUCAAAAGAAGACGAAGCAAGACUGCGGGGAGUACACCCAUGCGUUCGCCUCUUGCGACAAGACUGACGGCGAAAAGAAACGUACGAAAAAAGAAGAUGUAAAGGACGGGAAAGAAGACGUGGAGGCACUUCACUCGCUCGGAGUGUACACGCCGGACUCCAGCGGGAACUCCGUGCACUCCGUGCAGUACCCCACCUGCGAGCUGGAUGUGAGUCAGCUCGGCCUGGAGUCUCCCAACAGCAUCAGCUCGGACCUGGCGUCGCCCUGCUCCAUGCUGCACGUGCCGCCCAGUCCGCAGUACCCGCACUCGUCGCUGCACAUCCCCGCGAUAAUGUCGCAGCCCGCGCAACCGCUGCCGGCCAAGCACAAGAUGAACAACAGAAAUGCCAGCCGCGGCGGAGGCGAGGCGAGCAAGGCAGGAGCCCGCGCCGCGCACACGCCACCCGCGCCCCCCCGCGCCCGCGCCACCCCGCCCGCCACGCACGCCGCCAUGCAGCCCGCCGCCUCCGCCGCCUACCAGGGCGGCUACCUGUCCUUCCAGCAGCAGCAGCAGUACCACGCCGCGGGUUGGCCGCCCUCCUGCUCGCUCGCCAAGCUGCAGCAGAUGGCGGACGCGCCCCAGCACCAUCCGCACGCGCAUCCGCACCCCCACCAGUACGCACAGCAGGCGGGCACGCCGCCGGGCUCGGUGGGCGGCGUGGGCGGCGUGGGCGGAGUGGCAGGCGUGGGCGGAGUGGGCGGUGUAGGCGCGCAGUACCACGCUAAGUACUACGCGCCGCACCACAACCAGCUCGACUCGCCGCGGAAUGCUCGUACCGCGCCAAGUAACCUGAGCCCCAUGCAGCACAUGCAGAUGGGCGCCGGGUCCCGCGUGUCGCCGCACCUCAUCAGCCAGUACGGGCUGAACGGGUACCGCGUGCCGCCGGGCGCCGCCGCCGCCGCCCAGCAGCAGUUCAACAACCUGCCGGGCGCCGUGUCGCAGCAGGCCGUCUCGCAGCAGCACAACGUGUACUACUCGCCUUACAUCAACCCGCCGCCGCCGCUGGCCGCGCUCAACUCGGCGCGUCGGUAGCGCGCACACAAACACGAUCUGUACAUAUUAACCUAAGAUAUUACCAACUGUUAUUACACAAAAUAUAAUUUUGUGAAAAAAUA